UGACGUAAUAUGUGGGCUGAACUUGAGUCUACCGAGAAAGAGGGAAUCACUAUUCACGGGCACUGUACACGCAAUCCGGGUCAGCUGCAGCUGGUUACCGCAUUUCUCCAUGUGGCAGACGCAGCAAAGCCACAAUGCUCUCUCUGCCGGAUUAGAGACAGCCCACAGGCCAGAGCUUCCACUCCACUACUUAAAAUUACCUAGGUGGCUUGUCAAGUCCAAUUGAUGAGAGUCGUAAGAAGAAAAAGACGUUCCUCACUACAGCUCGGACUCGACGGCCCAGGAUGCAGCUGCCAUUCAAGUCACAGACGAACGAACCCCUACACUGAUUUUUAAAAGCAAGAAUAAGAGCAGCAAGAUUCUGGGUUUGCUUUCUCGACAGAUGCAAAAAGACACGUCACGCAAGCCCAUUUGAAAAUGAAGGCUUUUCCCUGGACCCUGACUGUGCUGCUCUUCCUGCUCGCGGGCACUGAACGCUGCAGAGGACGGCAGUUCCAGAUAAAACCGGCGACCCCGAGGAGACACCCCCGCGCCACGGACGGCAGAGAGGAAGUCAGGAAGUGCGCCUACACGUUCCUGGUCCCCGAGCAGAAGAUAACGGGGCCCAUCUGCGUCAACACCAAAGGGCAGGACGCGGGCGCCAUCAGGGACAUGAUCACCCGGAUGGACCUGGAGAACCUGCGGGACGUGCUCUCCAAGCAGAAGCGCGAGAUCGACGGCCUGCAGCUGGUGGUGGACGUGGACGGGAACAUCGUGAACGAGGUCAAGCUGCUGCGGAAGGAGAGCCGCAACAUGAACUCCCGGGUCACGCAGCUGUACAUGCAGCUGCUCCACGAGAUCAUCCGCAAGAGGGACAAUUCGCUGGAGCUCUCCCAGCUGGAGAAUAAAAUCCUCAACAUCACCACCGAGAUGCUGAGGAUGGCCACAAGGUACCGGGAGCUGGAGGUGAAAUACGCUUCCCUGGCGGACCUGGUCAAUAACCAGUCCGUGACCAUCACGCUGCUGGAAGAACAGUGCUUGAGGAUAUUUUCCCGACAGGACCCCCAGGGGUCUCCUCCUCUGGUCCAGGUGGUGCCACGCCACCUUCCCAACAGCCACCGGCACACUCCGGGACUGCUGGGAGGCAAUGAGAUACAGAGGGACCCGGGGGACCCCAGAGACUCCGUGCCCCCACCCGACCUGCCAGCAUCUCCCACCAAAAGCCCUUUCAAGACCCCACCGGUAACUUUCAUCAAUGAAGGACCGUUCAAAGACUGCCAGCACGCCAAAGAGGCCGGCUACUCGGCGAGUGGGAUCUACAUGAUCAAGCCCGAGACCAGCAGCGGACCAGUGCAGCUGUGGUGCGAGAACGGCCUGGACCCCGGGGGCUGGACCGUCAUCCAGAAGAGGACAGACGGCUCUGUCAACUUCUUCCGAAACUGGGACAACUACAAGAAAGGGUUUGGCAACAUUGGUGGAGAAUACUGGCUGGGAUUGGAAAAUAUUUAUAUGCUCAGCAACCAAGAUAAUUACAAGCUGCUGAUUGAAUUAGAAGACUGGAGUGAUAAAAAGGUCUAUGCCGAAUAUAGCAGCUUCCGCCUGGAACCGGAAAGCGAAUUCUACAGACUGCGCCUGGGGACGUACCAGGGCAAUGCAGGGGAUUCCCUGAUGUGGCAUAACGGCAAACAGUUCACCACGCUGGACAGAGAUAAAGACAUGUAUGCAGGGAACUGCGCCCACUUCCACAAAGGAGGCUGGUGGUACAACGCCUGCGCGCACUCCAACCUGAACGGAGUGUGGUACCGGGGCGGCCACUACAGAAGCAAGUACCAGGACGGCAUCUUCUGGGCCGAGUACCGAGGCGGGUCGUACUCCCUGCGAGCGGUUCAGAUGAUGAUCAAGCCCAUCGACUGACCGGGGACGGCCCGCAGCUGCAGAGGGGCCGGCACCGUGCAGUUCCCGAAAGCGUCCAUCCUACACGUAGGGUAUUCUGCACCACGCGUUCCUGCGGCUGCAGUUUUUUAAGUGAAUUUCACCGUGACUAUAAAACUAUGAGUUUUAUAUUCAUCUUCCCUCAAUACACCACAGAAGAUUAUCAGCUUCCAGAAUCCCCGUUACUUUAAAAAGUACAUUCAGUAAAUACAGGCAAAGUUUGUUUUCUAAAAUGUAAAUAUUUCCCACAAUGUCCAACAAAUCUUAGCUUUAUUUUAAAUCAAAAUUGAAUACAUGGUUGAGAUCCUUAACAAUUUAUUUAAAAAGUUUAUGAGGCUGCUCUAACUUCCGAUGAAAAAAUAUUUUUAAGAUUUCAGCCAAGCAGUACAUUUUAUUUAUAAAAAUAUAGACAGGAAAUUAGAGAAAACUCUAGUUUUGCCAACGGAAAAUACAUUUUGCAUUAAAUAAAAGUUAUUUCAAAU